AAACAUUUGGAAUCAUUCAAUUGGUUUUUGUUAUUGUAAACAUACACACAAUGUUUGUCAAUUUCACAACUAAUACUGUGAGUGUUUUAAAUGAAAAUGUGCGACAAUAAAACUUUGGAGGGAAAGGACACAACGCAUUAAUUUUCAAAUCAUUGUUCUACGUAAAGUAUCCGUUGGAAGGUCAAUUUAUCAUACCAUUCAGAGCUCUGAGACUGAAAAAGAUAUAAUUCUCAACUAUGACGUCUGAGAUAAAAGGCAAGACUCAUACGUUGCGAAUUAUGAACGAUAUUCGUGAGUUUUACGAAGAAAACAUUGACGGCAUCUAUAUCGUUCCCGAUGAAGACAAUAUAUGCUUGAUUCACGCAUUGCUCAUCGGUCCACCGGAAACACCAUACGAAAACGGAUUUUUCUACUUUGUACUCAAAUAUCCCGAUACAUAUCCACUGAAACCGCCAGACGUUCAAAAUCGGACAACGAGUCGGAAGACUGUCCGCUUCAGUCCAAAUCUGUACGCGAACGGAAAAGUGUGUCUCAGUAUUCUAGGCACGUGGGAAGGUCCCAGCUGGUGUUCGUCACAGACAAUAUUGUCGACGCUGGUGUCUAUUCGAAGCCUGAUGGAUGCGAAUCCCUACUACAACGAACCUGGCCAUGAGAAAACGCGGACUAAUAAAAGUGUGGAUGUUGAAAAGAGAGUCAGUGACUACAAUAAUAUUAUCGUCCACGAAACUUUGCGCGUCGCUGUCGCUGAGAUGUUGCAGGAGUACAAUGCAGAUACAUAUGGAAUGCCUGGUGCACUUCGAGAAAUAAUGAUCUCCUAUUUUAAGGCCAAUUAUCAAUUCUACGAAAAUGUGAUAGAAUCCAAUCGGGAUAUGGAUGGGCAGUUGGUGAAUGAUCCGUAUAGAGAUAUUCAUCGACCGAAAACCUUUGAUUAUAAACGAAUAUUGGAGAAAAUUGUCAAAUUGAAAGAGACAUUGAGUGAUGUCGAUGAGAACUCUACACCAACGUACAAAGCCAUCUCCACGAAGACUCUGAAGGCAAGUUGCAGAGAUGUUUUAAAAUCAGAAGAAUGCUGUGAUGAUUACAUGGAUUAUAUUGAGGUGGAGGAAGAUGAUGAGGACGCCGAUGCGUCUGCCCUAUAUGAUCCCGAAUCAGAUAAUGAGUAAAGAUGCGACGAAGGUUUUUUUAAACUUUAUUUUAUUU